AUGGCCACUCUUGACGAACUCUCCCAACACCGCAACUGGUUCCGCGGGGACCCAGACCUCCCCUUCACCCCGCUUGUGGAAGCGUACGUGGCCGACGAGAUCGAUCUGCAAACUACCGUUGAGAAGAUUGUAAAGCCGGUGAAUGAGGCGUAUUCAUCUGGUGAUGCUAACAAAACCCCCAGCACUGAAUCUCUCCUCUGGGACCUCUGGUACACAAUCCUCUGGACCGCAAAGAAAACUCCCCGCACAGACCCUCCCUCCCAAAAAUCCCAAUCCGCAAUCCUAGACCCUUCCACGCCCUCAAAAGGCCACACCAAACUCCUCACCCUCCUCGAAAUCCUCAAAACAAAACCAGACCCUCCAUAUCCGUCGAACAUCGACCAGAGCACUACGAGGAACUGGAUCUUCAAUGACGGCAAACUCUGGUCUGUGCUAAGUUUAUUCGGGCCCGCGACGAGGGAGAUACUGAAUGAUUCACCCGGCGCGGGGAACGGGUAUGAAGAUGUUGAGGUUGCGGGGUGGGUGAAUCUGAAUGCAUUUCUGGCGCAUGUGACGAAGCGGGAGAUUGCGGGGAUGGAGCAGAUUGGGAUUUUUGAGCUGCGGCAUGCGCUGGAGCAGAGGCAUAAGGAUGAUACUAAGGGUAAGGUGCCUGUGAAGGAGGCGCGGAAGGUGCAAACGUUUGUUGCGGCGGCGGGGGUGUGGGUGAUUAUUAUGGGUGAGGAGUUGUGGGCACGGAAGGGGGAGAAAAAGGGUAAGGAGGGUGAGGCUGAGUCUGGGGUGCGGGCGAAGGGGGAUGUCAUCACGAAAGAACGGUGGAAGUUGUGGGUUGAGAAAUUGAGGUUCUUGAGUUGUAGGGAUGAUUUGGAUAUUGAUACCCGGGAAUUGGCGGCGCAGGGAGCUGCGAUUUUGGCGCGUGUGCAUACUUAA